AUGCUCUCCGCCGGGGAACGGCCUCAGCCUCCAGUCACGCCUGCCGUAGCCUCCUCCAAACUGCCACACAUCAUGCCCGGUCUCGAGCCCAACCAAUCCUCACAUUCAGCAUCCGCAAUGCUCUCCAAACCUACAGACCCAAGCACCGUCCAGCACAUCUGGAUCGUGACCGGUCCUGCGGGAUGCGGCAAAAGCACAGUAGGCAAUGGCCUCUCUAAAGAACUAAGCAUUCCGUUCCUUGAAGGGGAUGAUUUCCACAACAAAUCCAACAAAGAUAAAAUGAGCAACGGCAUCCCCCUUACCGAUGAAGACCGCUGGGACUGGCUCAUCUCCCUUCGCAAAGCCGCCAUCAACGCUCUCUCCCCGUCCGAAUCAAACAACUUCCACCCUCCCCCCGGUGUUGUGGUCGCAUGCUCCGCGCUGAAGCAGAAAUACCGUGACGUCAUGCGCGUGGCAGCGUACGGCUCGCCUUCUGUCCAGAUUCACUUCAUCUACCUCAAACUCACCGAGGAAGUCCUCAUGCAGCGUGUCAGCCAGCGCCAGGCUCACUAUAUGAAGAGUGAUAUGGUUCGGUCUCAGUUGCAGGCCCUCGAGGAACCCAAGGGGGAGUGGGAUGUGAUUACUAUUAAUGUGGAGGGAUCGCAGGCCCAGGUGCAGCACCGGGUUUUCGAUGCGGUGCACAAGACACUCGAGGAGAACCAUUGA